CGUCGUGUAACAUGAUCCCCCACUUUCUCAGAGCAUGUUAAUCUGCUCACUGAGACGGGAUUGAAUGUUGUUAUUUUCCUAAUCGAUGGAUCUGCUUAGGGCUUCUUUCCUGAGCUGACAAUUUUCUAUGGCACAAGCACAAAGGUAACUUUUGGUGCUUUCAGUACCAUCUUUGGCCAUUUACCUUCAUAUGGCCUAGUUAAAAGUGCCAAGACUGAUAUCAGCAUCAGUGAAAAGAACCCUGUCUUGACUUUCAUCAAGAAGAUAAUUGAAUGUUCUACCAGUGAUCCAAUAUGAUCUGGCGGUGGAAAAAAAGUAAGCAAGCUUAACUAAUCAAACUUUCUGGAUGGCCGAUGCUUCGCAAAGUCCAAAAGGAGCUUUCACUGGACUGAAUACCACCAAGCACCAAUAGCUUCAAAGCCUGUCCAUUCCCGCUCCGCUAAAUUUCUCAUGCAGAAGUCCUUCAGUUUGAACAAUAUGAAUUAAGUCAUUCCAGAGAAGCCACUCCGGGAAUGUACUGGUUGGUUCUCAGCAUAUAGCACAGCUAAGCAAGUCUUGUGAAAGUCUCACUGUUGUGCAGAAAAUAAAGGCACUUUAGAUCAUCGACCUCCUACCUUUAUUUAAACUCUGAAGGACUUGCAUAUGUUUAUGCACCAAAGCCCCACUUCGCACGCAUAAAUUAACUAUUCAGUGCAUUAUAUAACUUUAUCCACUGAUAUUCCUUUUCAGCUUUCUGACCCUAUGUAGUGGCAGGAUAUGUAGAGAAAGCAUCAUCUAGCCCCAUCCGUCAAUAGAUUACUUGCUCAUAACCAGUGUCAGGUUUGCAUCAAGAGUUUCAACCCAUCAUUUGUUCCAUGAAUGAUGCCAACCAUAAUGUUGCUUACUGUUAAAGUGAAUUCCACAUCUUGUUGCUAGUAAGCAAAUUACUUGGACACCCUUGAGUUUUGGCAAAAUUACCCCGACACUCCCCCUACUUCGAAAAACCAGCCAGACCCUUCCUGUCAUAUUCAAAACUUCAAUGCAACUGUUGAUGUGCAAAUGGCCGAGGCGGUCAUCACGCGGUGAUUAUGUUGUGGCCACAUCAGCCCUCACAAGCAAAUAGCCAAAGAUUGCGAGGUAGCUCCUAAGAAUCUAGAUCACCGUGACAUUAGCAUCAAUUCUACGUGUAUUCGCUUCUGCUUUAGUAUGGGGCCACAGCGAGAGCAAAAAUCGAUUUCAUUAGAAUUACCAUCAUUACUUGACUCUGCCAAAGGAGCUUAAAGUGGUAUAGCUAUGGCCAGCAGAAAUAAAGAACAUGCUGAAGUCGCAUGCGCUUCUUUUAGGUUAUGACGUUAGUGUGAAGGUACUAAGGCAGGGCGUUGAUAUAUUCAGUCUGAAAAAUGCAAUGCUAGCCUUGCUAGGCCUUGGAGUUGUCAAUAUUUUGCCAUGUAGGGGCCGAUGCAGAUAGCAUCCUGACCAUCUGAAAUCUGUGAAACUGUCGAUGAUCAUUCUCGUAUCUUUGGUAAGUCCCGGAAUAGCCAACAAUACUUACGGGCCCAUCAGCGACUCUUUUUUCUUGUUCUUCGUCAAUCCAUCUUUUGCAAAUCAAUGGCCUUGACAGUGUCGCUUGUGUUCCUGGUUUGUACCCAUUCCCUGAAUCCACCAACCUAUCUAGUGGGCAAUCCUAUCUAUCUGCUCUUCCAAUGGUAGUCGCUCAAUUAGUUUAUUUAGCACUUGCCAAAGAUGAUCUAUACCGAACCUCAUGAGUUCUUUCAUUAGUGACUGUCAACUCCCUCUAAUAUAUACUAUGAGCCACAUAUGUCGCACAAUCUCCCCCACAGAUCUACUUUUCUGCCCUGCCAUGAGACCAAGGAUCAGCCCUGAGCCGACCCUUCUGAUAAAUUUGAAAAGGCAACAUAUGUGCCUAUUUCCUACUUCCUAUGAUCAUUUGAUAAAUUAUGACAAAUAGACUCAGAGAAAAGUAGAGCCUCCUUUAUUUGACUUUUCUUGUCACCGGUGGGGAUCAAUGUAUUUAUCACCAUACAUGUAGUCUAGAAACCGAAGCACAAGCUUUUCUAAGCUGGAGACCUAUGCGCAACGCAAAGAAAACUCCAUUUGCAUUCAAUUCCCGACGUGUGAAAAAAGCUCAGGCCAGAGUCAGAGACGAAGACAAUCUUAGAUUCCGUGCGUUGGACGCUUGGAAAUUGGACGAACAAAUCACCUCCAUUCGACCGAGUCAGGGUCAGGCAUCUUCACAUUUGACCGGCAAUGCGAUAUCCUUUUCCCGACAGAAGCUUCUAUUCGGUCAAUUUCUACCUCCUCUUCUUUGUCAAAACUCUCCACUAGUUUUAUAAUCGUGAUCUAUGACUAUUCACGCAUGAAAACCGUGUCAUUUCAUCUUCCUCAUCCCCCCCUUUUCACUUGCCCAUCCCCAACCUUAUUUCUCUCUCCUUUCCUCUGCAUCUCACCGAAAAAAAGUUCCUCCAAAAGAUGAUGAUGCAUCCCCAUCGCCAUCCCCUUUGGGAUCUGUCCCUGUGCUUCGUCAUCGCAACCACCCUGAUCCUGAUCCGAGCUUCGACGGCGCGCGGUGCGGACGACCCGAGCUACUUUAACUGCAGCUCCACCAUCCAAUGCGGCGACCUGCAAAACGUCGGUUACCCCUUCUGGGGGUUGAACCGCCCCUCCUACUGUGGCCUGCCCAAUUUCGAGCUGACUUGUCAGGACGACAACACUACGUUGCUCAACAUAUCGAGCCAGACCUAUCGGGUCCUUCGGUUCCAUGACACCUCACAGACUAUGACCGUUGCCCGAAAUGAUUAUUGGAAUACUAUCUGCCCAGCCUUUUUUAUCAAUACCACCCAGGAAAUCACCAGCUCUUUCAAUUACACCUCGGACACCGUGGCCAGCAACCUGACUCUGUACUAUGGGUGUCAGAUAGGGUCAAUGACUCCCAACCAGUUCAACUGCACCAUCAAUGACACAAACGUCAUCAGUUACUUCAUAACAACCACGACCAUUACUAGUUUGUUUGGAGGGUGCAAUACGAGCGUGGUGCUGCCUGCGAACCAGUCAGCCAUUCAGGCGAUAGAGUUGAACCCGACCAACACGACUGUAGUGUCAGCCAUCGAUGAGGGCUUCGGGCUGCAGUGGACGGUGGCCGAACAAUGCAGCGGCUGCCUCAUUUCAGGCGGGCAGUGUGGACGGGAUAAUAGUUCUGGUGAUUUCACAUGCUAUUGCCAAGAUAAGUCCACCUCUUCCACAUGCUCAGGGGGCAAAAGUCAAAUAUCACUUGGAGCAGCCCUUGGAUUGGCAGGAGCUGGCCUGACAGGACUCCUGGUGGGAUUCGGGAUUUUCUCCUGUAGACAGAAGAGGAAUAGAAAGCGAGCCGCUGCAGAAGCUCAAAACAAGAGCAUUACCCCACCUCCUUCAAGCAAAGGGCUUCCCAUUUCAUCGACUAGUUUCUCUAGAACCACCCCCUCUUAUCCAACUUCCAAAUCUGACCUUGACAGGGGAAGCACCUAUUUCGGAGUUCAGGUCUUCAGUUACAAUGAACUUGAAGAGGCAACUCAAAGUUUCGAUCCUUCCAGAGAACUUGGAGAGGGUGGCUUUGGAACUGUUUAUUAUGGUCGGCUCCAGGAUGGACGUGAAGUCGCAGUUAAACGCCUGUAUGAAAACAACUUGAAAAGAGUGGAGCAGUUCAUGAAUGAAGUUGAAAUCCUGACUCGUUUGCGGCACCCGAACCUUGUGACGCUCUUUGGAUGCACCUCCAGACGAAGCCGAGAGCUCCUAUUGGUCUAUGAGUACAUUCCAAACGGCACCGUGGCUGAUCAUCUUUUCGGAAAAAGAUCUGGCACGAGUCCAAUCCCCUGGCGCAUCCGGUUGAAUAUGGCCAUAGAAAGUGCAGAUGCUCUCGCUUACCUUCAUAAGUCAGAUGUCAUACACCGCGAUGUGAAGACAAACAAUAUCCUCCUAGACCACAGUUUCCGAGUCAAAGUGGCAGAUUUUGGUCUGUCGCGAUUGUUCCCCAACGAUGUCACCCACGUGUCAACAGCCCCUCAGGGAACUCCAGGCUAUGUGGACCCCGAGUACUAUCAAUGCUACCAGCUCACGGACAAGAGCGACGUGUAUAGCUUUGGUGUAGUUCUUUGCGAGCUUAUCUCGUCAAAACCCGCGGUUGACACGAACAGGCACCGCCACGACAUAAACUUGGCAAGUAUGGCCAUCAACAAGAUCCAAAACCAGACAUUGCACGAAUUGGUCGACCCCGCUCUAGGGUACGACACGGACUACUCCGUUAAGAGGAUGACUACGCUAGUCGCUGAGCUGGCCUUCCGAUGCUUGCAGCAGGAGAGAGACAUGAGGCCUACUAUGGAAGAGGUGGUAAAGGCUUUGAAGGAAAUUGAGCAAGAGGAGAUCACUCUGCAGAAUGCAGAGGUGGUGGAUAUUCGGACUGACGACACUGGGCUCGUGAGGAACAUCACUCCACCAUUUUCGCCGGAAUCCGUGGUGACUGAUAAAUGGCACAGCGACUCAGCAAUUCCUAGUUCCUUCUAGUUCAAGCCUCUCAGAUACUCUUUGCUGUACUAUUAGCUGAGUUUUGCUGUAGUUGCGGGGAAAGUAAAUUGCACUCCUGAUCCAGAUGCAUAUGACUGUCCAUUAUCCUUUUUUAGUUUUCAUAAAUAUGAUAUUUUGGUCCUCCUUGAUGAUCUAGCUGGGGGAGACGCAGAGCCAGAGGCACCAGCUGCUAAGGGCAGUGUACAUAUUAAGUGGAGACAUCGAACGAUUAUUUAUAGAUGAAUUUUGAUGUUUUAUUUCCA